AUGGAUUGGCGUGUUCUCAAAAAUCACCGAUUUACUCCAAACCUUGACUUCAUCGCACGAACCGGGGUAACUACCGACUACAUCAAGAACGUCGUACCCACUAGCACUUGGCCAAAUCAUCACAGCCUUCUCACAGGUCUCUAUUCCGAAAACCACGGCAUCGUGGCGAACAGGUUCUGGGAUCCCGUCUACGAAGAAAUGUUCAUCUUCGGCUUCGACUGCUCAAACUUUGAUCCCAAGUUCUACUACAACUCGGAACCGUUAUGGCUGACUGUCCAGAAGCAAGGGGGACGAAGCGCGUCAUAUUUUUGGCCUGCAACAACGAGCUACGCCGAAAAGCCUACUUACCACGCAAAGGAAACAUGCUUGUUAGAUUGAAGUGCCAUCAAUUCCAAGGAUCUCCCAAAAUAUAGAAAUCGGACUCUACCUGGGUUUCCACCUUACAUACACUGUGCCUUUGACCUAAGAGUUCUCUGGGCUGACCGACUGAAUAGCGUAAUGAAUUGGCUUCUCUCUGAUGCACCGCCUCAUUUUGUCGCUCUGUACUUUGAAGAACCCGAUACCACGGGGCACGAAUAUGGGCGUUCCUCCCAGCAGUACCUGGAUGCAGUGGAAAACACGGAUAAAAAUGUCGUGGGGUUUUUACUGAAGCGACUGAAUGAAUCUCAUCUGUUAGACAAGGUAGGAGUCUUUCAGAGAAUCCCUUCUAAUACCCUAGUGGCGUGUAUGGUUUAUAGCUUAUAGCUUUAAUUUCCCUGAAAUAACGGUCCUGUUUGUGUUAAGAGUGAUUUUGCUUAAGUGUAUGUAACAUUGCUUAGUAGUCUACUAUGUAUUUCGGGGGUUAAGUAAAACCAUUCUAUUACUUAUCAGGGGCACCCAACGAGGAUAUAGUUCAAAACCACUUAACAUAGCAUUGUUGAACGUAUUUUAGCAUUUAAACGGUAGAUAUAGGCAUAUUUUUAUCCCCUAAAAACUUUUCAUCUGUUCGGAUUUCCUAGCUGAAAGUCUAGUGAUCAGAAAAUUAUAGGGAUCAAAACUUACUUUUUAGAAAAUUUCAGCCAGGAAAAGGCUCCCGAAAAUUCUAGGUGGCCUUUUUUAGGGUAAAUAUCCGUUUAAAAUGGGUAAUUAUACCAUUUUGUAGAUGUUCGAAAAUCCUAGGAGAGGCAGGCAAGCAAGAAAUUUUACAACAAAUGCUCCGAAAAUUCUAGUUCUCAAAUCGUCUCCCGAACAGAUAUUUUCCCGAAAAUUGCCGUUGGGUGCCCCUGAGUUAUACUACUACAUGAGGAAUUUCUGUAAUUUGAUUGGCUUAGAGCAGUGGUAUUUCAGUUUAAUUUGGAAUACCUACAUGUGAAAAUUACAAAAUUUUUGUGGGUGGUAGUAUAAACAAAUAAUAGCAUGAUUUGUACGUGAUAUUUCGCAUAAAUACCACUCGUGAUAUUUCUAAAAUUUCACUCGCCUAAUGGCUCGUGAAAUUACGUGUAGGAGGUUUUCACAUUACGUCAUCGCCGCCAUGCUGGUGGACGGUAAACAAAAGAUCGCUCAAUAGCUCGUUUUGUUUGUCCACCAGCAUUUGUUCAUUUCACUAUUGUUAUUUGUGUCUCCCGAGAUUGCAUGAAAACCACCUAUAACAAUUUCGAAAUAUCACUCGUGGUAGUUAUACCAAAUAUCGCUACAAAUCGUGCUAUUACUUAUUCACAUAAGGUUAUUACAACAAUCUAUUAUUAUAUUAUACAUCUGAUUGCAAUAACAUCGUCAACAUAACAAGAUACAAAACAGAACUUUUAGAAGCUAAAUAGGAAUAAAUUAGCCAUGCUCCAGUGAAAUCCUCCGAUCGCAACGAUGAAGCCCAAAGUGUCUUUUGAAAUGUUUUAAGUGGCUAUGCUGUACUUAGAUAUAGCGUUCUCUGGAUUAUCAAAAUAUCCAAAAUGUCGUUUGGAUGGCUGACUAUCCUUCCAUUUAACCCUACAAGCAUACAAACUAAUAAGGUCAGAUCGUCAGUAUGCGAAACAUUUUUUUUAUAUAGUCAUGCUUUGUGAUCUCACGUACAGAAUAAAAUCUGGAAUCUUAGAACAGAUUUGGUCAAGUUUAAGACGCCGAGCCUAACGUUUUACUAAUUGCCAUUCAUUGAGAAAGACCUUCAGCUUUUAGCUAGACUUUCAGUUAGAUUAAACUGAGCAAGGUUUGCUACUGACAUAUGCAAGGCUUGAAGUAUGUCGACAAGAUCAAUAUCUGAAGAGGAAAAAGAAAACAAACAUGUUGCACCUGAAUGCUAUUGCAUUGAUGCCCUCAGCCUGCAUAAGGGAAAGUUCAUUUAAUAUGACAAGGGGGGAUGAAAGAUAUUGAGGUGGGGCUCCGAAAAUUUUUAGACACCCGAAGGGGGCUCUGAAAAAUUGUUGCCCUAGGAGGGGGGGCUCCGAAAAUUUGUACACUUCAAAACCAACACAUGACAUCAUCAUACAGAUCGGAUGGUUUUCAACUCAACAAUUUAAUGACCUGUGCAACUCAGCUAUAUCACGUGGUUUACAGAUAUAACAAAUGUAGUCUCAGUAAUUAUUACACUCUUGUUCAUCCCAAAAAUGCUUUAGAAAAUUGUAUCACAACUGUAUCUCGAGUUUGUCAUAGUAUAAACCAUUGAAGACAAUAACGGUAAAUAUAUUUAAUAUAGUCUAGCGAUCUUUUUUCAGGGGAGCAAAGGAAUUGAAGGAGGAGGGGGCUCUGAAAUUUUUUCGACUACCAAGGAGGGGGCUCCUGAAAAAUUGAACGGCUAGCGAGGGGGGCUGCUAAAAUUUCAAGCUUCGAGUUUCAAUAUCUUCAUCCCCCCCCCCCCACUUGUCAUAUUAAAUGAACUUUCCCUAACAGGGGGCGUUUCUUGGUGAUUCGAAAACCAUUGUUUUUUAAUGUGGGUAUUGUUCCAGCCUCCUUCUCAGGCGCUUCUUUUUUCGCAUGGCAGAGGCGAGUGCGAAACACGAGUGACUGGUGAUGAACCGCAAGGGACUAUGGAAAGGGUACAGACGGCGGGCGAAGCGCCUGCCAGAUCUUGUGUCGUUUUCUUUGCAAGAAAACAGCCUCCUUACACACAGGAUGCGGACAAGCAAUUUUAUUCUCCAACUUGGCAACGUGAACUGGUCUAAAUUCAUUUCUAAAGAUUCGAACUCGUCCGCCAUUAAACUUCCCGCCAUCUUGAAAGCAAGAUCUGCCAGACGUCUCGCCCGUUGUCUUCUUCCCGCGUUCCUUUGCGCGCACAUCGAAAGAGAGACGUCUGGGUACUAGGCAGGGUAUUAUUCAGUGCCUUCUCAGUCUGUUGUAAAACGUCGUUUGGUGAUUGCACCGUAAGGCAAGAUUCACACGGUACGGUACCGGUCGAAAAUUCGUACGCUUAGAUGUUCCGUUCACACGGAACCAGACUAACCGUACGGAAAUUUAAACGUUUAAAACGAGGUCAAAUUUUUGACCUGUACGGUCGAAAAUCUGAACGGCAAGGUGUGAGCACCCAGCCUAGUCCUUAGACGUACUCGGCUUGGUCAAUCCUGGACUCUACCAUGAGCUGUGACGUCAUCGAAAGAGCUCGUUCGCUCUUUCCCAGACUUUGCACGGAAAACGGGUCAAGAGAGAACGCCUAGGGCCAAAUUUUUGUACGGCAAAGGCGUGGUUACGCAGCUGGUAUCACUCGCUCUGCUUGGGAAUACUUUUAGUUUUUUAAACCUUAUACAACGAGAAGAUUAGAGCUAAUGGAAUGGCAUGCGAGUGGAGUUAAAAGAACCACGGAUUGGAGUUAUCGGGGUUUAAGUGGCGUUUUGAUCAAGGGAAAGGAAUUUCAGUUCGAGUUAGCGGGGAAUUCGAGUUAUUCGAGUUCGAGUUAACCGAGUAAAAACGACUGGAAAGUGGGGUGAAAUCAAAGGGAAAUUGGACUUAGUUCGAGUUAGCGGGGAGUUCCAGUUAUCCGAGAUCGAGUUAUCGGGGUUCUACUCAGCGUAUUACGGUUCGACGGUCCCGUGUGAACAGCGCAAAAAUAUUGAACAGUUCCGUGUGAACAAAUGUCCGGUCCAAGUUUUCAAACGGUCGAAAAUUCGACCGGCACCGUUGGGUAGCCUAAUGCAGCACCAAGAAACUUUUAGUUGGCGCAAAAGAAUUUAGGCCGUAAAUAAGAACGGAGCUGGCCGCGAGGAAAGAGGACGCGCACGAAGAGAGUAAAAGCUACCUCUCACCUCGCGCAUGUCUGACAUGUCCUCCUCAACUUAAAAAGUAUGUUCAUUAUAUUUUUCAUGCGGCCAUCAUCAGUCGGUUUUAAGGCGCCAGGCUUCUUGUACUUUGGAUAUUGCCCUGAUUAGUCAAUGAAGUUUCGGUGUUAUCUGCUGUCUUUUUUGCUCGUUCUGUCAGUAUUGGCUGUGAAAACUAAAUACUCAAGUAGUGGGUUUUGAUCCGUCUUUUUAAGUGUAAUUAGAGACCUAAGGCCUAGGCCAAAGUCGAACUUUUAAUGAUACGAACCAAACUUAGUGAGUUAGGCCUGUUUCAAACGUCGUGCUACAGCCGUGCCAAGCUGGCGCGACAUGUAGCUCGACUGCAGCACGACACUAGCACGACUUGGUUUCAGACGUCGAAUUUAAUUCAAGCGAAUAGAACGGCUGUUGCCGAAAACAAAACAAAAAAUAGAAACGGUUUAGCAAACUUUUAAAUGUAUUCUAAUGUAUUUAUAAUUUAUGAAUUGAGUUCGGCACGGCGGUAGCACAACGUUUGAAACCAAGUCGAGCUACUGCCGUCUAGCGCGGCAAGGCUUGCCGUGCUACACGGCAGUAACACGACUUGGUUUCAAACGUCGCGCUACUGCCGUUCUUAAGUCGAAUUUAAUUCGAGCAAUUGAUUUCGGCUCGGCAGUAGCACGACGUUUGAAACGGGCCUUAAGUUCUUGGUCUGGCUCAGUUAAGAUCGUCUGAAUGAGUUUGAAUCGUCCAACACGUUCUAUGUAAUGUAAAGUAAUGUAAUGUAAUGUAAAUGUAAUGUAAAUGUAAUCUAAAUGUAAUCUAAAUGUAAAUGUCGCGAUUGAGAGGACAAACAUACAUGUCCUCUUUACAUAGCUUUUUCUAUCCGUCUGAAGAUCGCCUUCGGCUGAUUCAGUUGCUUGGUUCCACGCGUCCUAAGUUCGACGUCUGACCCAACAGAAGAUCUUAACUUAAUUUAGGUCGACCCAAAUUAGAGUUUGGUUCGUCUCAUGAAAAGUUUGACGUUUUGCCUCGGCCUAAGAUAUACCGUUUCUGCCGACGGUCAACCCUUUAAACCCUAAGAUCAAAAUUUGAAUUCUCAUUAGUUACCCCUAUUCAUUUCCUACAAAAGUAGUGAGGAGAAGUUGAUAAAAUAUCAAGAAAAUUCAUCUUGUGUGACCAUAUCCGUAAUUCUCAGGACCACUCUGUUUUACAAAGCAUUGAUAUUACAAGGAGAAAUUUGAUGCUGAUCAGUCUUAGGGCUUAAAUGGUGAAGGGUACGCAUCAGGACAUGACAUGUAAAAGGCAACCAUGAUUUCUCAUUUGUGGUGAUAGUAUCAUCGUUCUUCCGAGUAGUCUACCCAUUUAUGAUGAUAUAGCCCUGGGUACGCCAGGUAACGAUCCAUAUAUAUAUAUAUAUAUAUCCCUACGGGUAAGGGUAAUUUAUCCGCACCCUCGCGAACACAAACAGUGCAAAGUCAUUCAUAGGUUACUUUUUUUCGUACCUACGAUUAUCAUGAGCCAAGCGAGGCGAACGUGGCAUUUCACCCGAAGAGCGAGAAGAGGGGAGGAUCGAAACGUUGAAAUGCCGCGUUCGCCUCGCUUGGCUCAUGAAGAGCCUGUUAUGCAAGCUAACUUGAGAUCAGGGUUGGUGACGUGGUUUGGGAUUUUUUAAGCACUGAAAUAUACAAUACGCAUUUAUGCUAAGACCAAGCAAUUUUACAAUUUCUUUCUUAAUUACGGUUUACAGUUGUAACGUUCUUUUGCAGGUGAAUUUAAUAAUUGUCAGUGAUCAUGGAAUGGACAACACUUCAUCAAGCCGACAGGUGUAUUUGGAUGAUUACAUUGACUCGAGCAGUUACUUCUUGACUGAGUCGGGUUCCCUAGUUCACAUAUGGCCACACCCUGGAAUGAAAGAAGCCAUCUAUCAAAACCUGACGAAGAACCCCAUACCGCACAUUCGCAGAGUUUUUAAAAAAGAAGACAUUCCCUCGGAAUAUCAUUGGAAAAACAGCCGACGAAUCCCUCCGAUUUUUAUCGAUCCCGAAGUUGGUUGGCUGGUAACCCGCUCUAGAAACGGUACUCCCCCUUAUCUAGGGGAACAUGGAUGGCCCCCUGUGGAAUCGAAGAGCUACUCGGUUUUCUAUGCUCGUGGUCCCUCUUUUCGGGAGGGUGCGGUCGUGGAGCCUUUCGAAACGGUCGAUCUCUAUCCCUUAAUGUGCAAAUUGCUUGGGAUAGAUCCUCGUCCCAAUAACGGCUCCCUCGAAAAUGUCGAAGCCGUUUUAAAAGAUCCAAGCCCAUCCGGAAUAGUUCAGUUUGUUGCAAUGCCAAAGCUUGGUUUGAUAAGUCUGUUGUUUGCAAUUGUUUUCACUUUCGCUUAAGAAUCUCACUAAACAAUACAGUCGCGUAUGGAUUUACAUGAGCGGUAUAAUAACCCUUGUAUUCUCUGGAAGAGCCACUCUUCCGCAGGCAAAAAGUAAUGGAGUACAGCUAAACCUUGAUGUAACGAACAUCCCUGUAUAACUGAUCAUGACAAUCUUUGUUCUUUUAAUACAGUAACAUGCUUGAGACGGACUCCUGUAACAGAUAUAUAACGUAUCCCCUCCACAGGAAUGAUUUUCAGUCAUUCCCUCAGAACUAUGUUAUAUCAGGUUACAGUUUACGUUAAUAAUAACCUUUAUUUAUCCAUCUUUUAUAAAUAUAUACAAUGGAUUUACAAUACUAUAAAAUGCUAUCAAGUGAUUAUUCUAAUAAAAAAUUUAAGUAAAAAUAACAGAUCAUAAAAGGAGUCUUGCAGCUCUUGCUAUAAAUGAAUUUGCAUGUCUUUGCGUUCUUGACUUUGGCAUUGCUACUGAACCUGGUUUGGAUCUUAAGUUAUAGCCGUGGCUGGUAUUUGGCUCAGUGAGAAAAAUUUGAUUUGGUGCUAAAUAUCACUGAUUCACAAUUCUUUCUAAUUCACGCUUUGUCGCUACGUUUCACCGGUCCUCUAACGUUGGAAGGGAUGCUAUUGGUAUCCCAAUGAUAUCUAGGCACCUGUUUUGUAUAGACUGUUACUGGUACUUUGGCAAACCGCCCCACUCUGGGGAGGCAUAUUCGAGAAGUGGGC